AUGGCACGAGAAUCCUUCCUGCGACGAGUCUUCAUGGCUAUUUCGUGUUUCUUUGUCUUCGCCUGGUUUAUACUGUUCAAAGACCUUCCCCGCCUGUUUCUUCAACGACGAAAGAAAAUCGAGAACCAGGUCGUAGUCAUCACCGGCGGAGCGAUGGGCAUCGGAAAAGAAGUGUCGAAACGAUUAGCUGUUCAAGAGAAGGCCAAGAAAGAAGGCUUAAACACCGUGAAUGAGAUCAACAAUGAAGGUGGGGCUGUGAACAUAGUCAUUUGCAAUGCAGCAGUACUACGAAUUGGUGAAUGUUUGGAGAUGUCAGAGAAGGACUUCAAAAUGAACUCCGAUGUGAACAUUCUGGGCCAUAUCUUUACGGUGAGAACGUUCCUUCCGGACAUGAUUGCCGCUCAAAAAGGACAUAUCGUUUCCGUUGGUUCCAUCUGCAGUUACUAUGGCGAGCAUUAUGGCACGGCUUAU